UUAUUCCGGGACUUUGAGCCUUCAGGGAAGAAGACUUCCUCUUCUAGUCUGCCUGUUAUGACAAUUUGAGCCUUAUGCUACAGGAGCCACUAUGAAGAUCCUGAGAGUGGAGUCAAUCCAGGGAAAGCAAACUGAGAGCUGGACCUGGGCCGUAUCAUUUGAGCCCAGGGUCAAGCGAUCACUGAACUUAGAGCUACUCUAGACCUCUUCAGCUAACAUGAUCCAAGGGAAACAGUCUUUUCCUGCUUCCAGACAUGAAUCAGGUCACUAUUCAAUGGGAUGCAGUAAUAGCCCUUUACAUACUCUUCAGCUGGUGUCAUGGAGGAAUUACAAAUAUAAACUGCUCUGGCCACAUCUGGGUAGAACCAGCCACAAUUUUUAAGAUGGGUAUGAAUAUCUCUAUAUAUUGCCAAGCAGCAAUUAAGAACUGCCAACCAAGGAAACUUCAUUUUUAUAAAAAUGGCAUCAAAGAAAGAUUUCAAAUCACAAGGAUUAAUAAAACAACAGCUCGGCUUUGGUAUAGAAACUUUCUGGAACCACAUGCUUCUAUGUACUGCACUGCUGAGUGUCCGAAACAUUUUCAAGAGACACUGAUAUGUGGAAAAGACAUUUCUUCUGGAUAUCCGCCAGAUAUUCCUGAUGAAGUAACCUGUGUCAUUUAUGAAUAUUCAGGCAACAUGACUUGCACCUGGAAUGCUGGGAAGCUCACCUACAUAGACACAAAAUACGUGGUACAUGUGAAGAGUUUAGAGACAGAAGAAGAGCAACAGUAUCUCACCUCAAGCUAUAUUAACAUCUCCACUGAUUCAUUACAAGGUGGCAAGAAGUACUUGGUUUGGGUCCAAGCAGCAAACGCACUAGGCAUGGAAGAAUCAAAACAACUGCAAAUUCACCUGGAUGAUAUAGUGAUACCUUCUGCAUCUGUCAUUUCCAGGGCUGAGACUAUAAAUGCUACAGUGCCCAAGACCAUAAUUUAUUGGGAUAGUCAAACAACAAUUGAAAAGGUUUCCUGUGAAAUGAGAUACAAGGCUACAACAAACCAAACUUGGAAUGUUAAAGAAUUUGACACCAAUUUUACAUAUGUGCAACAGUCAGAAUUCUACUUGGAGCCAAACAUUAAGUACGUAUUUCAAGUGAGAUGUCAAGAAACAGGCAAAAGGUACUGGCAGCCUUGGAGUUCACCGUUUUUUCAUAAAACACCUGAAACAGUUCCCCAGGUCACAUCAAAAGCAUUCCAACAUGACACAUGGAAUUCUGGGCUAACAGUUGCUUCCAUCUCUACAGGACACCUUACUUCUGACAACAGAGGAGACAUUGGACUUUUAUUGGGAAUGAUCAUCUUUGCUGUUAUGUUGUCAAUUCUUUCUUUGAUUGGGAUAUUUAACAGAUCACUCCGAACUGGGAUUAAAAGAAGGAUCUUAUUGUUAAUACCGAAGUGGCUUUAUGAAGAUAUUCCUAAUAUGAAAAACAGCAAUGUUGUGAAAAUGCUACAGGAAAAUAGUGAACUUAUGAAUAAUAAUUCCAGUGAGCAGGUCCUAUAUGUUGAUCCCAUGAUUACAGAGAUAAAAGAAAUCUUCAUCCCAGAACACAAGCCUACAGACUACAAGAAGGAGAAUACAGGACCCCUGGAGACAAGAGACUACCUGCAAAACUCGCUGUUCGACAAUACUACAGUUGUAUAUAUUCCUGAUAUCAACACUGGAUAUAAACCCCAAAUUUCAAAUUUUCUGCCUGAGGGAAGCCAUCUCAGCAAUAAUAAUGAAAUUACUUCCUUAACACUUAAACCACCAGUUGAUUCCUUAGACUCAGGAAAUAAUCCCAGGUUACAAAAGCAUCCUAAUUUUGCUUUUUCUGUUUCAAGUGUGAAUUCACUAAGCAACACAAUAUUUCUUGGAGAAUUAAGCCUCAUAUUAAAUAAAGGAGAAUGCAGUUCUCCUGACAUACAAAACUCAGUAGAGGAGGAAACCACCAUGCUUUUGGAAAAUGAUUCAUCCAGUGAAACUAUUCCAGAACAGACCCUGCUUCCUGAUGAAUUUGUCUCCUGUUUGGGGAUCGCGAAUGAGGAGUUGCCGUCUAUUAAUACUUAUUUUCCACAAAAUAUUUUGGAAAGCCACUUCAAUAGGAUUUCACUCUUGGAAAAGUAGAGCUGUGUGGUCAAAAUCAAUAUGAGAAAGCUGCCUUGCAAUCUGAACUUGGGUUUUCCCUGCAAUAGAAAUUGAAUUCUGCCUCUUUUUGAAAAAAAUGUAUUCACAUACAAAUCUUCACAUGGACACAUGUUUUCGUUUCCCUUGGAUAAAUACCUAGGUAGGGGAUUGCUGGGCCAUAUGAUAAGCAUAUGUUUCAGUUCUACCAAUCUUGUUUCCAGAGUAGUGACAUUUCUGUGCUCCUACCAUCACCAUGUAAGAAUUCCCGGGAGCUCCAUGCCUUUUUAAUUUUAGCCAUUCUUCUGCCUCAUUUCUUAAAAUUAGAGAAUUAAGGUUCCGAAGGUGGAACAUGCUUCAUGGUCACACAUACAGGCACAAAAACAGCAUUAUUUGGACGCCUCAUGUAUUUUUUAUAAAGAGUCAACUAUUUCCUCUUUAUUUUCCCUCAUUGAAAGAUGCAAAACAGCUCUCUAUUGUGUACAGAAAGGGUAAAUAAUGCAAAAUACCUGGUAGUAAAAUAAAUGCUGAAAAUUUUCCUUUAAAAUAGAAUCAUUAGGCCAGGCGUGGUGGCUCAUGCUUGUAAUCCCAGCACUUUGGUAGGCUGAGGUAGGUGGAUCACCUGAGGUCAGGAGUUUGAGUCCAGCCUGGCCAAUAUGCUGAAACCCUGUCUCUACUAAAAUUACAAAAAUUAGCCGGCCAUGGUGGCAGGUGCUUGUAAUCCCAGCUACUUGGGAGGCUGAGGCAGGAGAAUCACUUGAACCAGGAAGGCAGAGGUUGCACUGAGCUGAGAUUGUGCCACUGCACUCCAGCCUGGGCAACAAGAGCAAAACUCUGUCUGGAAAAAAAAAAAAAAAAAAAGAAUAACUAAUACUUGCUUGCAAAGGGAGAGGCAAGUUUAAUUUUCAUUUUAUCACUUAAAAUUCUCGAGUAGAUAAAAAUAUAGCCCCAAAUGACAAAAUAAGUGCAGAAUAGAAACAGAAGAGAAGUUAGUCGUUUGCUGUAUUAUUUUUUUCCCCUACUCUCCAGGUAUUAGGGAUUUGAUCUUAGUGUGAUUUGGGACUAACAGCGCUGUGAAACAAUAAUGUGUGGAAUCAUGGGUUGCUGUCUUCACUUAAGUCAAGAGUGAUGGCCUUGUUUUCCUGUGGCAUAGUUGGGAUAUUAUUUACACUAUAAUAGAACCUAUGAGAGGUAACAGAUGCAGGAUCAGCAAGAUGUAAUUUUUUGUUUACAAACCAGAUAUAUGUUAGAAAAUUAUUGUUAAAACAGGUAUCUGUUCAGUACCUGUUUUGAUGGCAAAUACUUGCUGAACCUACCAUUGCCCCAUAUCCCAUGUCUCCUGCAGAUAUCACCAGCCAAUCAGAACAGGCCUUUCUACUGAGCUGUACAAGUGCCCUCAGAAGCCUCCCAAGCAGUGUUCCUUAUGGCCACAAUCCAUAAGGACUGGAGUAGGAGAUUAAAUCUAUCUACCAAUGAGGUCAAUAUGGAAAAGUGGUUGAUCUUUAAAAAUGAAAUGCAUAUUUUAAGCUGAGAAAUGUUACCCAGCAGACUAUUGUGAUUAAUAUUUAUGGGCAAGGACAACUUUUUUGAAUGAUCGGAACAGUUUAAAAUAGGGUAGAGUAGGGCGUGUAAAUUCAUGCCUAUAGUCCUAGCUACUCAGGAGGCUGAGGCGGAAGGAACACUUGAGCCCAAGAGUUAGACACUGCAGUGCGCUAUGGUCAAUGAUCAUGUGCCAGAGCAAGACCCCAUCUCUAAAAAAUAAAUAAAUAAAUAUUCAUUCAUUCAUUCAUUAAAAUAGGUAGAUUACACACUGAAUUUCUUUUUCUCCAACAGUUGUCAAUUUAUACUCAUAUUUAGUCAUUUAAUUUUAUUAUGAAAAAUCAAGCAGUUAAUUUUAAAAAGACUCAUUGCUUACUAUGUCUUUAGCAAAUGAGCAGGCUAUUUUGUUUUACUUUUUUUUUUUUUUUGGUAAAAAUCUAAAAGCAAUUUUAUGGUCAUUAAGUAUCCUUGAAAUGAGGUUGACUGUAUAUCCCAGUUUGCCCUGGUUUCUGUCCAUUGUCCUAUUGUUAAUUAUGACCAAUAACUGCCCUCAUUCACUCUCAGAAGCAUCCCUUAUUUGGAUAAUAAAUCAUAUGGUCACUCAAGACUACUUAAUGUCCAGCAUGUAAGUAAUUCAUCAGAAAUUUAUCUUUUUUUUUUUUUGCACUGACAAUCCUCUUUAUUUUACUUUUUAUCAUUUACUAAGGCCAUUUUGCUCCAAAAGGUAUCACUAUUCAUAGUGUAAAAAAAAGUAUCCCC